AUUAUCCAUCUAGUCACCUUGACACCGCUGUCAUGCAGUCGAAAUAGUUUCAACCACAACCUCCAUGAACAUGAACUCACCCCUCUAGGAUGUUCAACAACUCGGCUCAUAACAACAUCACCAGCGGAACCUUCAACACAAUCUACGGAAAUCAAUACAAUACAUGGUACCCAUCGCAGCAUGAAAGUCAGCGCAUAGGUUCUCCGGAAGAAUGGAAAGUGAAGUUGUCUCAGGAAUAUGACCGAAUUCCAGCCGGGAGAAUCAAAAUCCUCAGAACGAUCGGUGAAUCCAAAGCUUGGAGAGGUGAACGUGAAAACGGCGAUCUGGAGGAACAGGAACAAUUCAAUGGUCUCAGGGCGAAAAGAGUUAUUCAUUCAGCGUGUCUCAUCGGUGAUAGAGAAGACUCUCCCCCCUUCCUGAGUGUUGCGUAUACCGGUCGCGAUGCUAAGAAGGUCUUCAAACGGGAUCUCAUCGCAUUCUCUCGCAUCAGACACGGCAACUUUGUGCAGCUACGAGGUUUCAACGAUUCAGACAUCCCAAUGAUCAUGUUUCAAGAGGAAGUCGUCCCUGUGCGCCAUGUUCUGGAACGCCACGGUCAUUCACCAGCUUUAAAGUGUUACUUUUCUUUGCAGGCAGGCAUGGCCCUAAUGGCCGUGCAGGAUUGGCAUCAGACGCCGUCGUAUCCUUGUGACGGCGUGUGGAUUCAGCCGAGGAAAGGAACAGUAACCUUAGGUCCACGAGGGCCUUGGCCCACCAAAUUGUUUUAUGUUUCUCUAGAUUCACAGAUCGGAAGCUUGAACAUUCCUGCUCUCCCCAUUAACCUUUACAACAUAGAUAUACUCCUCAGGUAUUUGGCUGAAUAUUCUUCAAGCCAGUCAGUUCUGUACAGUCUGGCCGCGCCGACACGCUAUCACUCAUCAGAGACAGUUGGCGAUUUUCCUAAGCACUAUCAUGUCUGGGUACAUUCUUCUGGUCAACCCGUGGCGAAGUUCCAGUCCCACUGGACACAUCGGGCUUCCCUCUCUGUGUAUGACGAAAAGUUCCGCCGGAGAUACUACGCGCAAGACCAGCCGAUGGUGAUGGAAAGCGGGAUGACGCGCUUUUUGCUCAAACGGCCUCGAAACCUGGAUUGCGUUAACUUUCGUUUCGAAUUGGAUAUGGGCACACAUAUUUAUCAGCCUGCGAGCCAUUUGUCGUGGCUAUCUCAAGCUUGCAGCAUCUUCAGCAAGUUACAUAGUUCCCCGGAUGAGUGGUCGAAUUAUGCGUUACACGGCGACUGUUUUUACCUGGAACUUGUUCCUGAAAAAUAUGACCAUGUUGUGAAUGCCCUCGAGACGCCGUGUUAUCUGUUCGUCCUCCCACCACUACAAUUUUUUGACGGAUAUCCCGAUAUUGCCGCUUGGAUGCGUGGAGAGAAUUUGUAUUACUGGUCUUCUGAUGCUACUGGACAAUCCAUUAUGCCAGAGAGUCAACGCAUCCACCUAGGUUUUCCUUCCCUCGUUCCCAAACAUCCAGGACUAUAUUCGAAUGUUUGGAGUUCUGACGUCUACCAUUUCAUCUGGAAGUGGCAAGAGAUAAAGGGUUUUGAUCCCACCACGACCGAGUUUACUCGUUCCUUGGGCUUUCCUGUCCUUGAAUUAGUCAUUCCUGUCUCGAAUGAGGCUCUAUCCGGCGAUAAAGAUUUUACUUUCGAAGCCGGAACGGGUACUCAAAACGAGGAAUUUGUGGACAUGGGCACUCUCACGUCUACUGGGACUCGCCUUGAUGGGGGAUAUACAAAGGCGAGCGAGAAUAGUGCUACAAUCGAAGGCAUGAGCGUGGAACUAGACAAAUGCUCUGUUCUAUUCGAACGCCUUGGCCUCGACUCAAACGCGAAUAUGGAGGUGGACUAGCGUGAACCAACGCGCAGAUCACGAAAUAGCAUGCAUUAGGGAUAGCGAAUCUCUUGAUACUAAUCAAUCUGAUGGGUUACAUAUCUGGUCAUGUGGAGUUUCUAUUGAAAUUCCCGAUAUUAUAAAGUCUUGAGGCCCGUACCAUAACCAUACCCUUCGUUUCCUAACCACCAUCAUCGACAUCAAUGUCCCCAGACACUAUCUUGGAGUUCUACGACAUCCCGUCAAAGCUGCCAGGCAUUGCCUGGUCUCCGAAUACCUGGAAGACGAGGUACUGUCUCAACUACAAGGGUAUA